GUAUGAAGAAGACCAAAUGGCUGGUCUCAUGGCCUCUGAUGCUUCUGCUCUUCUUCACCAUCCCAAACUGCUCCAGACCUCGCUGGGAAAUUUCGACGGUUUGGAUUGCGGUCUUCUCCUACCUUAUGGUGUGGAUGGUGACCAUCAUCAGGUACACGUUUGGCAUUCCCGAUGUUAUUAUGGACAUCACGGUCCUGGCAAUCGGCACUAGCAUCCCAGAUUUCUUCACCAGCCUGACUGUUGCUCGCCAAGGUUUGUCUCUGCUAUUCAUACAUGUUGAGGGUGUUUUAGGGAAGUUUAUUCAUCACUGCCAGCUUGUGAAAAAGGGCCUGGAGCUCUGACAGUAGUGCUGACUGCAGGGCCAAUUAUCAGUUUGUACGAAUGUUCUAAUACAGUAGAGUUUCUGUAGUAACAGGUCAUUCACAGGAACUUGGUACUGUAUAUAAUCUAAGCCUAUUAUUAAACAGAUUGGAGUGUAUGUGAACUCAGACAGGCUAUUCAAACCAGAUUAAGCUCAAGAGUAAGUCUCACAAAUCCUGUCAGAUUAGCUCAUGUUAGCUAGCUUGCUAACAUUCUGAAUCUGUAUGAUUUAAAAAUCAUCUGAGAUUUUUUGUAAGUUUUGUUUAUUUUAGAUUCCUGUCAAGAAAUUAACAGUGAAAAUUCAUAAAUGUGUGAACUUCUUCUUUGUCAUAUUUACCAAGGCUGCAACUCACACAUUCAGCAAUUGACCCAAU